CCUCUAAAUAUGAUCUUGGAUGAUGGUGGUGAUUUAACAACCUUGGUGCACGAGAAAUUCCCUCAGUAUUUAGACAACAUCAAGGGAAUCUCAGAAGAAACUACAACGGGCGUACAUAAUUUGUACAAAAUGUUCAAAGAAGACAAACUCAAAGUCCCUGCCAUAAACGUCAACGAUUCAGUCACUAAGAGUAAGUUUGAUAACCUGUAUGGUUGCCGUGAAUCUUUGAUUGAUGGUAUCAAAAGAGCCACAGAUAUUAUGCUCGCAGGUAAAGUUUGUAUUGUAGCAGGUUAUGGUGAUGUUGGUAAAGGCUGUGCUCAAUCUUUAAAGGCUUUUGGAGGAAGAGUAAUCAUCACUGAAAUUGAUCCAAUUAAUGCUCUUCAAGCAGCAAUGGAAGGUUAUGAGGUUACCACAAUGGAUGAGGCUUGCAAAGAGGGACAAAUAUUUGUAACAACUACUGGUUGCAAAAGUAUUAUUACUGGAGAUCACUUCCUUCACAUGCGAGAAGACUCAAUAAUCUGUAAUAUAGGUCAUUUUGACUGUGAAAUUGAUGUUAACUGGCUGGAGAAAAAUUGUGUAGAAAAAGUGAACAUCAAGGAACAGGUUGAUCGUUUUGAAUUAUCCAAUGGGAAGCAUGUCAUCCUGUUAGCUGAAGGUCGGUUAGUCAACCUGGGUUGUGCAAUGGGUCAUCCAUCAUUUGUUAUGAGCAACUCAUUUACCAAUCAAACCUUAGCUCAAAUAGAACUUUGGACCAAGCCGAAAGACUAUUUAGUUGGUGUUCACAUGCUUCCGAAGAAGUUGGACGAAGAAGUUGCAGCCCUACAUUUAGGACACCUAGGUGUAAAAUUGACAAAACUUACCACAGACCAAGCAAAAUACCUUGGGCUGCCGAAAGAUGGACCAUUCAAACCUGAUUAUUACCGGUAUUAGGUUAUUUUCCUUGCUGAUGUAAUUAUUUUUUCUUUAUUUUGAUAUAAACCAUGAGACUUUAACUCAAUAAAUAUAACGUUUUUCCACCGUGCA